GGAUGCUGGCGGUGGGUUGGAUGAGGUCGUGGGCGUGCGCGACGGGUGCGGAGUUGGUGUGUCGUGGUUGCCGGGCAACAGCAGUAUCAACACGGUCUGGACUGGACCUCUGCAGAAUCAUGUCAUGCCUUUUGGACUUUGUCAGAAUCGACUUUGUCAGAAUCGACUUGGUCAAAUUCCAUGUUGGGGCAGUUUUUGGUCAGAACCGACUUGGUCAAAUUCCAUGUUGGGGCAGUUUUUGGUCAGAACCGACUUGCUCAAAUUCCAUGUUGGGGCAGUUUUUGAUCAGAACCGACUUGCUCAGAACCGACUUGCUCAGAACCGACUUGCUCAGAAUGGACUUGCUCAAAUUCCAUGUUGGGACAGUUUUUGCUCAGAACCGACUUGCUCAAAUUCCACAGUGGGACAGUUUUUUCUCGCGUCUAGUGAUUUGUCGCGUGUCUAGUGAUUUGUCGCGUGUCUAGUGAUUUGUCGUGUCUACGGCAACCUGUCCCUCAACGUCAUGUACAAAAGUCAAAG